AUGGAAAGGACCUUUAUCGAUAGACAUCUAUGUCCAGGUAAUUCUGAUGCUGAAGGAUUACCAGAUGGUGCCAAUGCAUUUAGGAUAAAUAUCGAUGACUUGGAGUUUGGACCAGAGAUUGGAAAGGGCGCCUAUGGCAAGAUAUUCAAGGGAGAGUACUUUGGUACACCAGUUGGCAUAAAGGAGAUAUCAUUGUCACCAAAGGAAUCACAUUAUAAGGACAUGGUCAAGUUUAUACAGAGAGAGGUGGCCAUGCUUAGAUUCUCUCAUCCUAAUUUGGUCCAGUUCAUUGGUAUCGCAGAGCGAGCUCAAUGCAUAUAUAUAGUGACAGAGUUUGUUGCCGGAGGCGACCUGGCAUACUAUCUGUUCAAGAACAAGGAGAGCAACACACUGUGUCCAACAACACCCGAGCAGCAACAAUAUUGCGACAGACUUGUAAACAAGAGGAUGAGCAUUGGAGGUGCGAGUGAUACACUGGCAGGCGACAACAACAGCACAGAGAGACUGGUCAACAUGAGUUGGCCACUGAGGAUAAAGAUUGCGUAUGACGUUGCAUGCGCCAUGACUUAUCUUCACUCGCGACAGGUCAUUCAUCGCGACUUAAAGUCCACCAACUUGUUGGUAGGCGAGAGCUGGAGGAUAAAGGUCUGCGACUUUGGCUUUGCCCGCACUGCCAGCCCACUCAGCAAGGCCAAGCGCAUGACAAUAUGUGGCACGGACAAUUGGAUGGCUCCAGAGGUGAUGCUUGGCGAGGACUACAAUCAAGCAUGCGACGUAUUCUCUUAUGGCAUUGUGUUGGCCGAGAUCAUUACAAGACUGGAGAUCACUGGAUUGAUGAGACCAUUCUCACUCAAGUAUGGCCUGGACGUGGACGUCCUCCUGCCUCUGAUCCCGAGGGACUGCCCGCCCCCAUUCCUCAAGCUGGCGUUGGACUGCACUGAGUACGACCCACUGAAGCGACCCACAUUCAAAGAGAUCACCGAGCGACUAAAGAGCUUGACCAAGCGCCUGUCUCCCGCUUCUCCAAUCCUUCCACCACUGCGCAUUUUGGCUCAAACUCCGCUCAGCUCUCCCUUGCUCUCGCCACGUCUGAUCAGACGGCGCCAAGAGGCUGCCUCACCACUGUCCAUCUGUGACGACGAGUCAGACAUUGAGUCGGACGACGAGUCAUCCUACCACCUGGAGCUCGAAGGUGGCGGCGGUGGCGUGGGAUGCUUCAGCGGCCGCUUCACACUGACACACAGCAACAGCAGUGGCAACCUUGUGAUCAACCCGGUAACCAAACGAAUGGGAUACAUCUGUACCGAUAUAGAGGUGUCAUCAAUCACACCACCCUACGUCAGCAGUCCCAAUCGUCAAUCACCCGUCCACUUCUCACCAGCAUCGAUCAGCUCGGCCACCACAUCAAAGUCACCAUCACCAUCCAACCUCUCACCAUCACUCAACCAAGGUGUCUUUGUUCAAUCACCUGGACAAUGUAGUAACAACAACAGUAGUAGUAGCAGUAGUAGUAGUAGCAGUAACAGUAAUAAUAAUAGUAAUAAUAGUAAUAGUAAUAAUAAUAGUUUGUUACUCAAGUCACCAAAGGCCAGAUCACCACUCAGACAUAUUGACAAGGAUCACAUUGAUCAGUUGUCAUCCUCCUCAAUAUGGACACCGGUAGUGUCAAUAGGAAGAACAGCACUUCUAAACACACCAUCAUCAUAA